AUAAUGUCAAUAUUGAAUUAUGUACUCAUCACUCCAAACAUAACCUAUGUUUACUUCAAUUUGCCUUUCCCGCCAUUCAUUCACUCUCAAAAUCACAAUUCUAGGGUUUAAUGGCGGGUACGUCACCGCCACCGUCACCGUCACAGUCGCAAUCACCGGCGACACCGGCGGCAACAACCGUAACUGAUCUGAACGACGACACCCUUGGUCACUGCGCCUCCUUCCUCAACCCCCGCGACGUGUGCAGUCUGGCGAUGACCUCCACCGUACUCAAGCGCGUCGCCUAUUCCGAUUUCAUCUGGCAACGCUUCUUCACGGAGCGUUGGCAUCAAGAAAUACCUCGCGCUUCUUCUUCUUCUUCGCAGCAGCAUCGGAGUCGAAGGGAACUGUACGUGGCUAGGUACACAGACUCGCAGCAGUUCAAGUUCUUCGACCCUUUAGGUCUCGACGUUCUUUUAGAACCAAAACGUUUCACACAGUUGCUCCUCCAUGAAAACCACGCUUACUCCGCGCAGGGCUCAGUUGUAGAAAUGGUAAAUUUGGAUGCGUAUCAAGAGGAAUUGGGACUCGCUAUUCGUACAUUAAGUGAUCAUAGAGCAAGAAUCACCUGUAUGAGGUUGUUUUCCCACGAUGAUAUGUCUCUGUGUCGAGGUGAAACACAAGGGGAGCAAAAUGUUUUGGUUACCUCAAGCUGUGAUCACUCCAUUCGUCUGUGGUGGAAGGGUUCUUGCCUGCGAUGCUUGAGAGGUCAUAACGGUCCAGUAUUGUCACUUUCAAAUGAAUUGUUGGGAGAGGGUAGCAGCAAAGUAUUGGCUAGUGGAGGGGAAGAUAGUACUGUUCGACUAUGGUCCCUUGGUUCAAGUGGCGAACGAGGAAAGCAUGCUCUGAAGGCUACACUCUAUGGGCAUGUAAAACCUGUAAAUUUUUUGUCAGUUGCCGGGCACAAAACAUCGCUUUUGGUGAGCAUGUCAAGAGAUUCUAAGGUACGGGUUUGGGAUACAGCUACAUCAUCAUCUUCUUGUGUGGGGACUUCUUUUUCUGGUGCACCUGUAAACAUGAAAUGCCAUGAAUCACUGUUGUAUGUGGCAGCUGGUUCCUCUGUCACUGCUGUUGAUUUAAGGACAAUGCACAAAGUCAUCACCAUAGCUGUGCAUCCAUCAAAGCUGUAUUCAUUUGACGCUUUCCCUUCAAAAUAUUUAAUAUGCACUGGCAGUGAUGACAGAGCAAUGCUCUGGGAUAUUAGGAGAAAUCAAGAACCAGUAAAACCAGAACUGAUAUCCGAGUUGGGUGGACAUCGUGGGCCAGUAACUUGCUUACACAUGGAUCCAUACAAAAUCAUUACUGGGGGCCGUAUUGAUGAAUGCGUGAACGUAUGGGAAGUUGAUACUGGUGUGAAGAUUAGGCCCUUGCUUUGCUUUUCAGGGUCUAAAGAUAUGGGUUGUGAUGCAAUGGCUGUAGAUGGUUGUAGAAUUAUCACUGCUAGCUAUUGUAGAAAUUUGGGUAUUUUGCGUUUCAGGGACUUCAACAAUGCUACAAAACCUUAUCCCAGAACAGAAGACAAGUAGACAACCCACCUUCAAGAUUUUGGAAUUCUCUGUCUGAUGGUAGCAGCGAUGACUUGUGAUCUUGGUGGCUCCCAAAGUUUGUAUAGAUCAUCUUAUUUCCUGUUUACUUUGUCAGAAUGUUGGUUUUCUAUGAAAUGCUUAUACCUCUAGUAGAAAGACCCACCUAAGCACGAGUCAGGUAAAUUCAAAUAGAAAAUAUGAUUUGUUAAUUUUUGCAUGAAUUGUGAAUUAUGUACAAGGGUGUAUGAAGUAAUAGGACUACUCUGAUAAGAAUGAUAGGAAAUAACCUUUUUGAACUUUGAAGUACAACCGUACAUUGAUGUUAAGAUGAAAAAGAAAGUGAGGUGUGAAUUAA